CACGCCACAGUGCUCGGAGCAGGCGACGGGACAGGACAGGACAGAGCGGUGCCGUGAGGAGCCCUCGCACAGCGCGCUCGUUCGUGUCUGACCCGGAGCUUUUCCGAGGCGUUAUUCCUGCAGGUGACCUCGUGGCAGGACUGCGGGACUUGGCAGCCCGUGGCCUUCCCGAGGCUUUUCUUUUGCAGGUGCCUGCGAGGCCAGACUGAGGGAAUUGGUGACCACAAGCCUUACGAGGAGUCUCCUGUCAUUGUGGCAGGAGCCCUCAAGACCAGAGUGCAGGACUUGCUGUCCUGCAGCCGUCCUGAGGUUUCUCUGCCUCAGAUGCCUUCAAGGCACAACUACACGACUUGUUGACUCAGAACUUCACCCUUCCAUCUUCCUUCAAGGUGCCCUCAAGGCCAGACUCUGGCAUGGCAGACAGAUUUCUCAGUGUGUUCAAAGUUAUUAGGGGGAAAAAAAAGAAACACCCUGGAGCUGACCCAGCACAACAGCAUGAAGAAGCGAAGCAGUUCCAGACACUGCAGGAUGAUGCAGCCCUGGACCGGACACAAGAGCAGGAACCCGCCCGUGGCCGCUUCCGCAAAAGCCUGAAGAUGUUCCGGCAGUUCCUGCGCAUUCAGCGUAGGAAGACCGGCAGCACAGCAGCUGCGGGCGCAGCCGAGCCUGACUCGGGGCUGACCGGGCUCCAGGCAGAGCCUGAUGGCAGCCCAGACUUGGCUGAGCGCUCAGAAGACGCUGAGACCUCAGAGACUGAAACCUGGGCAAAGGCUCUUCUCACAUCAAUGACUGAGGACGUGGCCAUCACAAACAACGACAAUGAAGAGACUCAGGGCAUCACAACUACUGACACCAGCCCAGAUUCACUGGAGCACUCAGAAGACUCUGAGGCUGCAAUGAACGAUCACAGGGCAAAGGCUGACAUGGCAGUGACAGAGGAUGUGGCCAUCACAAACGCCAACACCGCAGAGACUCAGGGCCUUGCAAAUACUGACACCACGCCCACUCCCACUCUGACCAUAGGCUCAUCGGGACCAGCACUGGAGAAAGCGCUGCCAACACUGCUCUGUGUGAUGGAGGACUGGCCUCUGCACAGAAUGUGCACCUCCGAUGGGGACAACAAGGACCUUUUUGCCCUGGCUGCAACUCUGGUGAUCUGGCUGAUUGUGCCUGAGUGCAACAAGGCCAUGAUCCCUUAUUCUGGGCAACUGUUUGUGGCUCUGCUCUCCCAUGUUGUCAUCACCACACAGCAGAUGCCACCAGAGGAAGUUGAUAACUUCUGGAGUGCAUGCCAGGAGAAACACCGCCUUCCCUACGAGCCCAACAGGUUUGCAGUGCAGGCCAUGAAGGAUCUGCUCUGCCGACUGCAGUGUGACCAUGUGGUGGUGGCUAUGGAGCGCAAGGGGUGCUGGGACAUGAUGCUGUGUGCUCACACCCAGCACUAUGCCAUGGGUCUGCUGGCCAGGGAGAUGUGCAAUGUCUUGGUCCCCUUCUGUUCCUGCAUCACGCUCCACUUGCUCCGGCAGCUCAGCAGGGAGGAGCCGUGCUGGGAUCUGCCCUUCCUGGCAUUCCUUGUGGAGGUCCUCGAGCGCCUGGACAUGAGUAAAUGUGGUGGCAGCGUCCUGAAGAUCAUGUCAAGGUACCUCCGGAGUGAAUGCAGUCAGAGGCGUCGCCUGGCGCUCAGAGGCCUCGUGGUGCUCAGCAAGGAUCCCUCGAUGGCCAGAAGAAUGUGCAGCGUGUCUCAAAGCCUUCUGCAGCUGCUGGGGGAUGAAGAUAGAGAGGUGGUCAGCAUGAGCCUCCGUGUGUUCACAAAUGUGCUCCAGCACAAAGACAUCCUGGUAUCCAGCACCACUGCCCCGAAGCUGGCUGAGGCUCUCCUGCUGCUCUUUGACCACGACAACAGCCAUGUGCAGUUGCUCUCCAUUCAACUCUUCUGUAAGGUGAUGGACUUGGUAGUGGAUGAGGGAAAAAAGUCCCUGAAGACAAUUGUGAACAAGAGCCUGGACACACUUUUCAUCUACUGUCAUGAUGAGAACUGGCACGUGGCAAAGGCCUCUCGGGAAACGCUGCAUUGUGCAGCCAAGUUUCUGAAGAGGAGAAAUCUCAAACAGCUCCUGGAGAAGGAGCAUCUGUGGAAGUUUGCUGAGGUCCUGUUUUGGUAG